GUCUCAAUCAGUGGAAGAGAAUGGAUUCCACAGAAGUAGAGUAAACAGCAACAUAUUUGGAAUCAUAAUAGGGAUUAAGGGAUGAACAUCGCUGCCGAGACGUUUUCUUCUGAGCCUCAUUCUGGCGUAGUUUAUCCUCUGUUCAUCGUCCCACUGAGCAGGGUGGACGCCCUUAGCGAGAAUCAAAGGCGGGGGGAGUUGAUAAGGGCAUUUGGAUCGCCAGGAGGUUUUGGGGAGGCCGAAUCGGGAGAGUUUUUUGAGGAAGAGGGAGAAACCCCAUUGGAGGUGAAGUGAGAGAAAGGGGAAAAUCGAAGAUUUAGGGCAGAGGAGAGGAGGGUAGUCCCAAUUGAGGUAACAGGGGAUCUUGGUGGCGAUGAAGAAUUGAGAAGCGAGAGGCGGAGCGGUGUCGGGGCAGAGUAGUAUGUGGGUUAGGGCUUGAAGCUUUUGAGACCACGGUGUUUCUUCCAUUGUUUUCUUCAUCGAAAGAAGAAUUGACUGCAUCAGAUGAGGAUUAGAGAUGGAGAUUGGAAAUAUUGUUGAGAGAAGGCUUCGAGACUUGGGGCUUAUUGGGCCUAUGUGAUACUUGGUUCUUAUUGGGCCUAUGACCCUAUUAUUUUUGGGCUUAAUGACUUAGCUUCAGUUUUUUGUCUUGGGCUUUCACAGUUUUGGAUCCGGAGGAGAAGAGGACAGGCCACCGAUUUUGGAACAAACCAUAGCCCACAAACGAAUUUUUAUGUAAAGUUAUGAGAUCAAAAUUUAGACAUUAAAAUAAAAUCUAUGAUUUCCCAUUUUCAUGGAUUUUUAUUUGGAAAGAUGACCCCAUCUUACUUCAAAAGAAAAAGAACCCCAUGACUUGUGACUAGUAACUCGCGUGGUGAUUAAGAAAACAAUUAAUUCUUAAUUUGAAUCUAGCAUUGAAAUCAUAUAAACAUAUAUUAAAAACAUGUUUAGCUGAGUUGUAAUCUGUAUGCACUUUCUUUCUACUCUAGAGUAGAUAAAAAGAAAGAGAGAGAGAGAGAUUAAGAAUUUAAGUUUUAAGAUAGAAAUAGUUAAUACCCUUUUGUUUCACUUAAAGCUUUGAACUUAAAAAAAGCAAGUAGAUGAUUUUAUGGUUGAGUUGUUUUUAUAUUGGUCUGUUAAAUAGACAACAAUAUUUUGGAGAAGAAAAAUGAAUCAAAGCCAUUGCAAAAUGCAAACCAAUUUGAUAAAGAAAUAGAAAAAAAAAAAAAAAAAAAAAGAAGAAGAAGAAGAAUAGAAAUUGUGUGACGUGGCUUUCCAGAAUGAAAUGAUGGAAUUCCAUCUGGAAGCUUCCACAGUGUUCUGGAUCUCUGUUGUUCUUCCAGACUCAUCCUUCUGAACCCCUUUUCUACGCCCCAACGCUUCUCCUCUCCACUCCAAUUUUCCCAACUCCAAUUACGAUUCUCUCAAAGCUUUAACAACUCUACAAUUCUAGCUUCGAACUUUUUGCAGAUUUAGAUCAACAAGAAGUCGAAGGAGGUGCAGGUUCACAUGGGUGUAGAUUAUUACAAAAUUUUGCAGGUAGACAAGAACGCUAAAGACGAUGAUUUGAAGAAGGCUUACAGGAAACUUGCCAUGAAAUGGCAUCCCGAUAAGAAUCCCAACAAUAAGAAAGAAGCCGAGUCUAAAUUCAAACAGAUCUCUGAGGCUUAUGAGGUUUUGAGUGAUCCACAGAAGAGAGCGAUCUACGAUCAAUAUGGUGAAGAAGGUUUGAAAGGUCAGGUACCUCCUCCAGGCGCCGGUGGUCCAGGUGGAGCAUCGUUUUUCCAAACUGGGGAUGGACCAACGGUGUUCAGAUUCAACCCUAGAAAUGCCAACGAUAUCUUUGCAGAGUUCUUUGGAUUUUCGACUCCGUUUGGAGGAAUGGGCGGCGGCGGCGGCAGUGGUAUGGGCAUGAGGGGCGGUCCCAGGUCAUUUGGUGGUGGCAUGUUUGGGGAUGAUAUGUUCGCUUCAUUCGGUGAUGGCCAGCCGAUGAGUCAAGGACCACGAAAAGCUGCUCCAAUUGAAAGGAGAUUGCCAUGUAGCCUUGAAGAUCUCUACAAAGGCACCACCAAGAAGAUGAAAAUCUCUAGAGAAAUAGCUGAUGCUAGUGGGAAGACAUUGCCUGUGGAAGAGAUUCUAACGAUAGAAAUCAAGCCUGGUUGGAAAAAGGGUACGAAAAUAACAUUCCCAGAGAAAGGGAAUGAGCAACCAAACGUGAUACCAGCAGACCUUGUUUUCAUUAUAGAUGAAAAGCCACACAGCACAUUCACAAGGGAUGGAAAUGACUUGGUCGUUACAAGAAAAAUCUCUCUUGCCGAAGCCUUAACAGGUUACACAGCUCAUAUAACCACACUAGAUGGAAGGAGCCUAACCAUCCCAAUUAACAAUGUCAUUCAUCCAGAUUAUGUGGAGGUUGUACCAAGGGAGGGCAUGCCAAUACCAAAAGAACCCUCCAAAAAGGGGAACUUGAAGAUCAAGUUCGAUAUCAAAUUUCCCACAUACUUGACUUCAGAUCAGAAAUCGGGGAUUAAGAAACUUCUGGCGUCCUAAGACUCUGCCGCUUGCUUCACUAUUGUAAAAAAAAAAAGAAGUAUCCUUAAGGGUCUGUAAUUGUAAUCGUAAUGCAAAUCUGUUUAAACGCUGUACUCGACGCUUCCUCGUGUUUGAGGUAUGGCAACACGAAAUAACUAUAAAUGUGCAUACUUGAGCACGAAAAGCUGAAUUUGAGCUUAUUAUAGGUGUUGAGCUGUGUCUUUGCUGUUAGUAAUGUUUCUGUUGGUAAUUUUUUUUGAGUAUAAUGAUUAAAUUUUGAUAGUUCA